GACGAUCCGAUCCGCGCCUCCCACUCGGUCAACUCUUCUCUUCUCAACCCAUCCGUUCCUUCGCAUCACCCCAUCCUGACGGACUCCUUCGCCCCUGGACAUCUGUCCUGUCUAUUCUAGCGUGUUUGCCGAUCCACUGCUAGCACGGCCACCCUCUCCCACCAUCGAUCAUGUAGCAAGCUCAGUCUUGCCCUCCGAUGCAACGAUGGUGCUCUCCCUAUCUGUCCCUAGCUUCUCUAGAUCCACCACCUCCCCCGCGCUUCGCUCCAACUCCCACUCCACCACCAUCAGCGAAGCUCUCCGCAACAACCCCUUCGGCCUCACCUCCCGCGCCCGCUCCAUCACCGCCCCGACCGCGGACCAGAAGCGCGAGCAGGACGAACUCAACCACGCCCUGCAGACCCUCGCCCGCAUCUUCCCCGACAUCCGCGUCGAGGUCUUCCGCGAACUCCUCGUCCGCUUCGACGGCCUGAGCCGUCUCCCCGUCUGCGUCGAGCAGCUGCUCCGCCACAAGGAAGAAUGGGUCGCCGGACGAUGGAACGUGCCGGCCGGCACCGCGGGCUCUGACGGAGACGAGCGAGUCUUCCGCAGCUACGCGGAUGACUUCCUGGUUCCGCCGGACGAGCUGUUCCGCACCCCGGAAUACAAAGUCACCGUCAAGACGGUCCUGGCGAAGGAGUUCAGCGGACUGAGCAAGAGUACCGUCGAGGCCGUCCUGGCUGAGGUCAACUUCUGCUACCUCCGAGCCCGUCCCACCCUACACGACCUCUCACGGAGGACCUGGCGCGCCACCUUCAACAAUAUCCUCCCCUCCUUCAAGCGCAACAAAGAUAAAAACGAGCACCCGUUGAUUCUCUGGCAGCGUCAGUCGGAUGGCGAUCUGGUUCCGCGGCUGAAGGAGACCGGCUGCGCGGAGCUGGAUCGAGAGCUGCACGACGCCUUGCUGGCGCCGCUCCUUCGGACCCGACAGGAGGAGCGCGAACAAAAGGACCUGCUGCUGGCAGAGGAGCUGAACGAGGGCGAGGCCAAGGCCGCCGGGGCCGUCUACGAGUGCGAGUGCUGUUUCGCAGAUGUGACCUUCGAGCAGAUCUCCACCUGCUCCGAGAACACGCACAUCAUCUGCUACGACUGCAUCCGACGUACCAUCCACGAGGCCCUCUUCGGCCAGGGCUGGGGGAAAUCCGUGGACGUGGAGAAGUCCACGUUGAAAUGUCUGGCGCCGUUUGGAUCCGACGUCUGCCACGGGACGCUGGGCCCGGAGAUCGUGAAACGGGCGAUUCUCCUCGACAAGGCCGGGCUGGAGACGUACGGGAAGUUCGAGACCCGACUAGCUUCAGACGUGCUGCUCAGAUCCCAGCUUAAACUCAUCCGAUGCCCGUCCUGCUCCUACGCGGAAGUCGACCCGAUCUACCACCCGUCCGCGACGGGUCUGGCCUGGCGCUACCGUCGAGACGGGGUUUUCAGCACCGUUCUCGUCACCAUCGCCCUACUCGACAUGGUACCCAUGCUGUUCAUUAUCUACAUGAUCUCCUACCUCCUCGACUCCUCCGCCGCAUACACCAUCUUCCACAACGCCCUCCUCAACCUGUAUCUCAAGCACCGCCCGAAGAAAUUCACCUGCGCCCAUCCCACCUGCCGACGGACCAGCUGCAUCACCUGCCAGAAACCGUGGCGUGACCCCCACGUCUGCCACGAGCCCUUGCUCCUCGACCUGCGCGCCACCGUCGAGGCCGCCCGCACCGCCGCCGUCAAACGCACCUGUCCGCGCUGCGGCCUCUCCUUCGUGAAAUCCUCCGGCUGCAACAAACUCACCUGCGUCUGCGGCUACUCCAUGUGCUACCUCUGCCGCAAGGCCCUCGGCGCCCCCUUGAACCCCGCUGACCGCCUCGCCCGCGCCCUCCGCCGUCCCCAUCCCCACCGCCGCGGCGGCGAAAUGGAGGGCUAUAAGCACUUCUGCGAGCAUUUCCGCGUCAAUCCGGGCUCGCGCUGCUCCGAGUGCAACAAAUGCGAGCUAUACCAAGAUGAAGACGAGGAAGCGGUCGCAAGGCGCGCGGGCGAGCGCGCCGAGCGCGAUUGGCAUGUCCGGCAGGGUUCGAAGGCCGAGGGCGGCGGUGUCGGCGUGGCGAAUCUGCGUGUGAAUCGCGAUUUCUCGGACCGGAGGGGGGGAUUGGCGCUGGCGAUGCCGGGGAAGAACUGGUCAUACUGGGUGGAUGAGGUUUGGCGGGAUGGGCGCUGGAGGGUUGAAGGCCAGGCGUUGGUCGAUUGGGUGGUUGAGGGGUUGAUUGUUAUAGACUGA